UCCUACUGAAAUUUGGGCCCAAAUGAUAGUUGAAUACGAUAGAAUCUUGGGCCGGAUGAAACAAGUCACCCAAACCUUUAGAUCGUUUGUAUCUGAUCCAGUUCAAUAAACUGGGCUCCUAUCCGGGUCAAAUAUCAAACCCGAAUAAAGAUCCGUGCUUCUGAAACUUGUUUCUAAAACCCUAGACAUCGAAAAGGGUUUUAGUUCUGGGCAAAGAAAACGAAGAAACCUGAACUGGGUUUUACACAUUUUCAAUUCUUAAGAAAUGGGUAGAGAAGACGGUAAGCGAAUUCGGAAACCAAAAGAAGAACAUGAAAAGCCAAAGAGCAUACCAGUCCUGCCAUGGAUGCGAACCCCAAUUGACGUUAGGGCCUUGGACGAAAAACCCCUUUCUCUUCUGCCUCGCCUUGACCCCAGGUUGAAGGAGGCUUUGGAGAAGAUGAAAAUCUCAUCCCUUUACCCAGUUCAGCUUGCUGUUUGGGAAGAGACUAUUGGGCCUGGUGGGUUUCAGCGUGACUUGUGUGUUAAUUCACCUACUGGAAGUGGGAAAACUCUGGCUUAUGCUUUGCCGAUUGUGCAAGCUUUGUCAACUCGCAAUGUUAAAUGCCUACGUGCUCUAGUUGUGUUGGCAACUCAUGAUUUAGCUUUGCAGGUGAAAGAUGUGUUUUCUGCAAUUGCUCCUGCAGUGGGCUUGUCGGUUGGUCUUGCAGUUGGGCAAACUUCGAUUGCCAAUGAGAUUUCAGAACUUAUUGAUAACCCUAAGCUUGAGUUUGGCGUUUGUUUCGACCAAGAGGAUCGUGCGCCUCAACUACAUAGUGCGGUGGACAUAUUGGUGGCUACCCCUGGAAGGCUAAUGGACCAUAUCAAUAACACUAAGGGAUUUACGCUUGAGCAUCUCUGUUAUCUUGCAAGUAGCAGAUUAUGCUUAUGCUACUGCACUUUUCAUCAGAUACUGGGAAUCCAGUAAUUAUAGAUAUAACUAUAUUAAUUGGUUUUAGAAAAUGUAUGGUCUUGAUGGGAGUCCAAUUGAAGCAACUUUUUUGAUAAUUCUUAUACGGCAAAGCAUCUGAUGAUUUAUAGGUUGUUGAUGAAACAGAUCGAUUACUCAGGGAGGCAUACCAGAAUUGGCUACCCACUGUGCUUCAAUUAACUCGCUUUGAUGAGGAUAGUUUAUUUACUCAUGCUCAAAAUUUUCUACCUUCAGCAUUUGGUUCCUUCAGAACCAUAAGGAGAUUUGGUCUUGAGAGGGGGUUUAAGGGUACACCUUACCCCAGGCUUGUGAAGAUUUCAAUGGCUACUCCGACUCAAGUUUGCAACUCAGUUCCUGUUCGUCUUGAUGAAACCAAUUACCCAGCUUGGUUAUAUCUGAUGCAACAUCGUAUUAGAGGGUAUGGUUUACUCAAAAUUCAUUGAUGGCUCUCACCCUUGUCCAUCUCAGUUUCAUAUUGCAGACGAUGGUUCACUUACUCAUGGUAACUCAGAGGCUUAUGAACGCUGGUUGCAGCAGGACAGUGUUUUGAUCUCAAUGAUCAUAAAUACACUCUCAGCUGAAGCACUUACUCUAGUGAUAGGAUGUGAAACUUCAAUGGAGGUAUGUACCACUCUCAAAUAACAUUAUGCAGAAAAUUCUGAAUUUCACAUUAUGCGAUUGAAGUCUACUUUGUAAGAUAUCUGAAAAGGAUCAGAUUCUACACACAAGUGAGAGCAUUGUUAUUGUCAGCUGAAAUUGAGAUAGAACUAGAGAAUAAAUCUGCACCAUUAGCUCCACUAGCUGCAAUGAGGGCACAAAAUGGAAUGAUGCACAACUCUCAGUAUGGAAUGUCCUCUGGUUUGGUGUUACCUCCUGGUUUUGGCCAGCCACAUGGUGCAUUCACAUCACCCUUUGUGAAUAAUUGUGCUAUGUCAAAUGGCGUAUCUAACUGUGAUUCACCUGGAAUAUCUACUAGGCAUCACAAUAAUGCAUCUCCUGCUACCACAACACAGUUUGGUUAUGUGGCUCCAUAGAAUACUAUGAUAGCAAGUACUGGUUUUGUUGCUCCUUCAAUUGGAGGUUUCAUGCCUAAUUCAAGUGUUGGUACUUCGUCUGUACACAAUAAUGCAUCUACGAUAAGUAACACAAUAGGUAGUGAAGGGAUUUUUAGCUUAGUGCCAUCAAAAUAUCAUUAUCCUUCUGGUUAUGUUGCUCAAAAUGGUUCUGGCACCUCAUAUGUUCAGCAGUCCAGUCUUAAUCACAAUGGAGCACACAACAUGGAAACUUCUCUCAGCAACAACAUUUCUCUCAACAAAAUGUGCAACCUGAUACAUUCAACAAUAGCUCUCAGCAGAACCAACAGCAAAAUAAUGGCUUUUCUCGGAAGGGGAAAUUUUCUUUACAGGUUGGUGGAUUUACAAAUUACACUCGAGGUGAUCUUAUCAGGCAAAUAGCAAUUAUAGCCCAAAUGGAGGUUUUUCACAAUACAAUGAUCAUUGUUACAAUUUAAGGCAAAGGAUUCUCUGAUCAUGGCUACAACAGUACCAACAGCUAGUCCAACAACAGGAAUUAUAACGACAAUGACACCACCAACAUGAGCUUCAGUGGGAACUGGGAAACCAAGACCGCACUUCAACAAUGAAAAUCAAGGCCUUGGUGGCUCCAUUGUGUACCAAGUUUGUUUUAAACGAGGACACUAUGCAUGCAACAGUUAUCAUAGAAAUUCUCAGCCUCUAAACACUGCAUCAAAUUCAUACAGUGAAUGCCAAAUUUGCAAGAGGAAAGGAUAUUCGGCUAAAAGUUGUCACUACAACAAGCUCAAGUUAACUCUCAAAGAACUGCAGCAGGGAAUAAUGUUGGCACUUCAAAUGAUUUUGGCAGUUCUAAUCCCAUCAUCAUGAUAAUUUGGGAGGUCGUAAUGGUUUUGGACCUUCAAAUCAUUUCAACAGAUACCUUGAAGCUUGUCAGAUCUGCUACAACUCUGGUCAUACUGCUCAAAUUUGCUCUCAGCGAUCUUCUCCUAGCUAGGUUUGUGCAUCUGGAUCAUCCAUGCAAUGUCAGAUUUGCUUUGUAAUAGGUCACAGUGCAAUAGAAUGUUUGCGUAGGCAUCACUAUGAUAUUCAACCACAACUUGUGCAGCAUCUAAAGCUUUGUCUGCUACCAUCUCCACUCAACCAAAUAACAAUGCUUUUCACUCACAAGUCAAGCCUCUGCCAUUUGCACAUGCAUCUCCAUUAUCAGUUCCUACUCACCCUCAUUUGCAGCAAGCUCUUCUCAAGAAAAUUGAAGCUUUGCUGACACCAGGCUCUUGGCUAUUUCCUUCUACUCCUGGCAGAAAAUGAUGAAUUGUAAGCAGGGCUCUCGGCCUAUGGAGCUAUGGCGAUCACUUUCCCUCAUUCGUCCUGGUUGAAUUAUGUACCCUAAACCUGCACUCUGAUGUUCGUAUCACUCCCAUCAGUUUGAGGGGGGAUGUUAGUAUUGAUGUAAUGCUACUAUCCUCUGUUAAGAGUGAUUUAAUAUUCUGAUCCUAUAAUUUGGUGUAGUGGAUCUAUCCUACAUCUUAUCAAAGUGAAUCUUUGCUCUUAGAGUUGGUUAGAGGGUUUAGCUGUAGUAUUAGUAUAAGAGCAUGUUUUCCUGUUUGAUAUGUAAGCAAGCCUUGUACGAAAAACCACUACAGAGAAAUACAGUAGU